AUGGUCAAAACUGCUAGAUCUUAUCAGUGCCAGCGAUGUUCGCGGUCUUUUGCUCGGUUGGAGCAUUUACAACGUCAUGAUCGUUCGCAUACCAAAGAGAAACCUUUUGUGUGUAACGAUUGUCCGAAAUCUUUUACGCGCAAGGAUUUGUUGGCUCGCCACAUCCGCUUAUGCCACUCGCCAUCGGAGGGGCCUACUGAUAAUCACGAUGCUACAGUAGCCCCAAUCACGCCCACGACGACUACCUCGUUGGUAGAGGAGCAAUCCUCAAUAUCGGGCACUCAUGGACCGUUUCAGCCCAUGGCAAAUGCGCCUGGCGAGAGUGCAGCAGCGUUGUCUGAUUCGUUCAACGCAAUGGGGUCCUCGUCUUUGUACGAUGGGGAUGACUUCACCUCCUUCCUGGAUAGCAUCUCCCUCCCUAGUCAUCCCUACUCGGUUGCUUACCAACCCUUACCUUUCUUCCCGGUUUUCACAGCUAGCGAUCAAAACAAUCUGCACUCACCUUUAGACUAUGUCCCGACUGCAUCGUCUGAGAAAGACAACGCAUCGGUCAACGACGGCCCCGCGCCAUCCAGAUCGGUGCUUCCCCGACAUGGCACGCAUUUACCAUCACUUCAGCCGGAGGGGUCAUCCCUUCAGCACAAUAAGGCUCGUCAGCCGAAGGACUUUGUGCCGGUCACGGGGCAAUAUCGAGAUCGCAUUGUUGCAUCACUGUGGGAGUACUCGAAUGUACUUCCCCCUAACCCGUCUAUUCCAUCGCGACAUGCAUUGUCACGAUGUGUUACCGGUUACUUUAUUGGUUUUCACGACCAUUAUCCGUUCAUGCAUAUCCCGACGUUUACUAUUGACGCUAUGACAUUACCACUAUUUCUGUCAAUGGCGGCAUUGGGUGCACGUUAUUGUCGUGAACCAGACACCAGUAACAAUCUAUAUCAGGUAGCGAAGGUCGUAACCUUGGAGCACAUACGACGGCAGUUUCAGUCAUCCAGGGAGACUUCCCAGAAUGACCAAAACCUGUUGGAAACAAUUCAAUCGCUGUUGCUUCUUACAUCCGUUUCCAUGUGGUUUGAGCACAAUCCACCAUUCCAAGAAGCACUCUACAUCCGGAGCUUCAUGGAAACAUUGGUACGACAGGGGGGGCUGAAUUAUCUGCCCAACUCAGAUGGCUCCUGGGAGAGUUGGAUCUGGCGCGAACGUGUAAAGCGAACGAAGUUGAUCGUGUUUUGUUUCUUCAACAUCCAGACCAUUGUCUUCGAUAUCCCUCCUAUGAUUCUAACAGAAGAGAUUCAGUUAGACCUCCCAUGCACCGAGGGCGAAUGGCAAGCGAGCAGCCCUGCUCUCUGGCAAGAAGAGCGCCGCCAGCGCAAAAAUGAGCCCAAGUUCCAGGACGCACUAUGGUCUCUAUUCUGCCGUAGCCCUGGGGCAAUCGAAGGGCGAGGAGCUCUAGAAAGCUUUACAUCGCUAGGCGGCUACGUGCUCAUCCACGCCAUAAUUCAAAAUAUUUGGUCCAUGCAGAAAACCUGCCGCAUGCCUGGAUCACGGAGCCAAUCGCUUACCACGGCAGAAGUAGUCGCCUUUGAACAGGCACUUGAACGCUGGUGCCAAUGCUGGGAACGCAACCAGGAAUCUUCAAUCGAUCCUAUGAGCCCUCAUGGUCCAUUGUCUUUUACUUCUGCUGCAUUACUACGCUCCGCAUAUAUUCGUCUCAACGUGGACUUCAGUUCCGCGCGACAGUUGCAAACAUGGAAGCCAAGGCAAAUUGCCCAGUCACUCCACGAUAAUGUCCGCGUUCAGCGAAGUGAGCGACUUACCCGCGCAGCGCUACACUGCGCACAUGCGCUGAGCACACCGAUCAAACUGGGCAUCAACUUCGUCGCGCAUACGCAGGUUGUCCUCUGGUCGAACCAACACGCCCUCUGCUCACUAGAGUGCGCCGUACUACUUGCAAAAUGGCUCGAAGUUGCCACGGCCCCAGGGAUGUAUCCCGGUGGAUUGACAGAGCAGGAAACGAAGCUGCUGGAUUUCGUUAUCGAGAUGGCGCUGGAAACCAAACAUGAGACAUCUCGGGAGUGGUUAUUGGAGAAUAACACGAGGCUUAGCGCAACGGUAACGCGGUUAUGGGCGAGGUUGUUUACGGCAGAUUAUAUAUGGGAAAUGGUUAGUCUCGUGGGCCAGUCAUUGAACAGUUACGCGGAUAUACUGGAAAACGAAAGUACAUAA